AUGCCAGAGGCAAUCCCCAUGCCAUUGGGGAUUCGGGGUCGCUAUCAGUUCAGUUUACAAGUGCAAGCGUAGCCGCAUGGUCUGAUUUUUAUCGCAACGCCCAACUGUCGACCGAAGAGACCGAAAUGAAAUCUAUUUAAUUUGGUUUACAGCCCGAAAAAUGUAUAUAUAUAUGUAUUUAUAGAAAAAAAAAGCGUGUAGAUGUACGGAGUGAUAAGGCGGUGACGGGGGCGCAGGUACCAGUACCAGGUGGAAAUGGUGGCGCACCUGGUGCGGGGCUAGUUCGCCGCGCACCCCAGAACCGUCAACAUCGAUUUCACAAGCCCAGGUCCAAAAGCAUGUUCCAAAAGCUGUCCGAGGAUUAUGCGAAAUUCAAGCGCUAUGUGAAAUGGCUGUAUUUGCUCUACGAGCUGAACACACAGAUCGCCAUCUGUGAGCCCUGGGAAAAGGUGUUCCUGAAUGUGCUCCUGGGCAGCUUUGUUUCCCUAAUUCUUUACGCAUCGGUCGCUUUUGUUCCCGGCUAUUGUGUGACUGUCUUCCACCUCCUGUGGCCAAUGGAGACCAUGCAAAAUCUCACCAGCGCUUGCAAUACGAAUAUCGAGGGCUUAUGCGGCAACGAAAGUGGAGCAGUAAUAGCAUAAUCUUAG